UGCGUGGUGUACCAGCACCUAACCUAACUUUGUGUACAAUUGUGACAACCAGCUAAUUGUGUUUAGCUUUUUAAUUUUUAAACCUUAUGUGAAGAUAUAAAAAUAAAUAAACUAUAACUAUUUAGUUUAUGUAAUUACAUUUACUUUUUUUUUUACAAUCAAUAAUAUACGAAAAUUAAUUAAUAUUAUCAUUUGAAUCUAAAAAAAGAAAUAAACAAAUUUCAAAACAAUGAAUUUACUACCUAAAUCCAACGAAGAAUUCUCUAAAGAACAAUAUUGGAAUAAAUUCUUUAAAAAACGAGAUAAAAAAGCGUUCGAGUGGUAUGGUGAAUAUCCAGAGCUUUGUGAAUUAUUAUCCAAAUAUAUUAAAUUUAAAGAUGAUAUUCUGAUGGUUGGAUGUGGAAAUUCAACGCUCAGCAUGGAUUUAUACGAUGUUGGAUACAAAAGCAUAACAAAUAUAGAUAUUUCUCAAGUAGUAAUUGAUCAAAUGAAAGAGAAAAAUCGUAUAGACAGAUCAGAGUUGAUAUUUGAAAAAAUGGAUGCAAUGAAUAUGACAUUUGAAGAUAACAAAUUUAGUGUUGUUAUGGAUAAAGGAACAUUAGAUGCUCUAAUGCCAAAUAAUAAUGAAGAAACUAUUAAUAAUAUUGAUCAAUAUUUCAGAGAAAUUUCUCGAGUUUUGAGAAAAGGUGGAAGAUAUAUAUGUAUAUCACUUCUCCAAGAGCAUAUACUUAAUAAAUUAGCAGCUUAUUUUCCAACAUCAGGAUUCAUGUUCCGUAUAAUUCGUUGUCAUGAUGUUGAAAAUAAAAUGAGUGAAAAAGACAAUGAUAUGUUUCCAGUUUUUCUUAUCGUUGCAACUAAAUGCCCAGGACUUAAUCAACAAGUGUUGGAGUUAUCUUUAACAAAUAAUUAUAUUAAAAAAGUUUCAAGUAUUGAUGAGAUGGUAAAAUCAAUUCUUACAAUCCAACAAUCGAAUUUAGUUUGUAAUAGAUUGCGUUGCAAAAACAUUGCAGAUGAAGGUGAAGUAAUGUUGGAAUUAUUUUCACCAGAAAAAGAAAAUCCUAGAUAUAUCAUAUAUGUUCUUGAUCAGCCAAAAACUGAAGGGAAAAGUUAUGUAGUAUUUUUAGUACCUCAAGGACGUGAAGGUGAUUGGUUAUUUAGUACAAAAGAAGGACGUACACAGUUUGCUACCAUGAUUGAUAAAGAUCGUAUUGCAAUUACUAUGCUUGGAAGAAAUCACAAUUUUGUAGAUUGGGAAGAAGUUAAAAAUGAAUUAAAUACGUUUGUGAAGAAAUUAGCACCACCUCGACUUCCUUCGAAUAGCUUAAUUGCUUAUUUAUCAUUAGGUCCAGAUGUUGGGAAUCGUGAAAUUUUAUAUGAAGGAGAAAGUAAAAUGAAUGGUCGUAUUGUCGUAGAAAACGUCUACAAUAACGAUUGUGAUUUUAAAUCACGAAGACUGAUAUUUUUAAAUAACCAGUUUGUUAUUCAGAGUGACGCUCAAAUUAAAUCAAUUAAAACUCGAAGGGGGAAAUGCAAAGAAAUUAUAAAUCAUGAAUAUUUGGCAUGCGAACAUCAUGCUUUAAUGUCGAUUGCAGUUAAUGCAAUAGUAAACAACUUUAAGAAUGAUAAUAAAAAUCAUUUUAAAGAAAUUCUUAUUGUUGGUUUGGGUGGAGGCGGAUUGUGUAUGUUUCUUCAUCGAUUUUUUCCACAGUUGAAAAUUACAGCGGUAGAAAUAGAUGAAAUGAUAUUCAAAGUAGCAAAAGAUUGGUUCGAUUUCACUGUGAAUGACCAAGUAAAAGUUGAAAUUGAUGAUGGAAUAAAGUAUUUAGACACCAUUAAACGACGAAAAAAUAAAUUACAUGCAAUACUUUUCGAUGUAAACAGCAAUGACUCAUCUCUUGGUAUGAGUUGUCCACCAAAAGACUUUUUAGAACCAUCAGUACUAUGUAAUAUUUCAGAAUGUCUCUGUGAGAAUGGUGUAUUAAUUUUAAAUUUAGUCUGUCGAGACAAAAAUUUACGACCCCCAGUUUUAACGACUCUGAAAACCAAAUUUUCAUCUAUAGCAUCUAUAAAAUUAAAAAAUUGUGUUAAUGAAAUUUUGAUUUGUUCAAUAAUGAAACAGAAUUCUGACAAAUGGAAACAACAAUUAUUGAAAUCAUUUGAAAAUUUUUUAAAUGAAUUAGUUUCUAAAAAAUUGUCAAUAAAUGACAGUAUUGAAACGUCCGAAUUUUCUGAAAGUCUAACUAUUGAAUCAUAGUUAAAUAUUUGAUAAAAAAAAACUAUGUAUACAAUGAAAGGAUUUAAUAUAUCCCAAA